AGACAUUGCGAAUUCGGAACUCGAGAUCUCCCCGAUUCUCUCUCCUUUACAACCUCCGGUUCCUUUCGCCUCUGUCUCCCUCGCCGGGAAUCCCUCCGUCGCCGACGAUGGAUGUCCGCCGGAGAAAUCAUUCCAAAGCCUCCGUCCACGGCGACCAUGUUGCCGGCGACGUUGGUUCGCCUCCCAAGGCCUCUGACGCGCUUCCCCUCCCGUUGUACCUCACCAACACUAUUUUCCUCACGCUCUUCUUCGCCGUCGUUUACUUCCUCCUCAGCCGGUGGCGUGAGAAGAUCCGCCGGUCAACGCCUCUCCACGUUGUUGACUUCUCCGAGAUCCUCGCCAUCAUCGCCUUUGUCGCUUCCUUCAUUUACCUCCUAGGUUUCUUCGGCGUCGGCUUUGUUCAGUCUCUCAUCUUCCGGCCUUCCUCCGAAGAUGAUGUAUGGGCCUCCGAAGACGUGGAUCGGCUUGUUCUCAAGGAAGAUUCGCGGAAGAUACCGUGUGGGCAGUCCCUUGAUUGUUCGAUCCCUCCUGUUCUUCCUGUUAAACCUAAAUCAAUCGAUCCGCUUGUCCCAAUGAGGCUAGAUUCCGAGGAAGACGAAGCGAUCGUCAAAUCAGUUGUGGAGGGCACGAUCCCUUCCUACUCAUUAGAGACGAAGCUCGGAGACUGCAAGCGUGCGGCGGCGAUCCGGCGAGAGGCGUUGCAGAGGACCACCGGCAAAUCCCUAAUCGGUCUUCCAUUGGACGGAUUCGAUUACGAGUCAAUUUUAGGGCAGUGCUGCGAGAUGCCGGUGGGUUAUGUCCAGAUUCCGGUUGGUAUCGCCGGUCCACUGUUACUCGACGGGAGGGAAUAUUCGGUGCCGAUGGCGACGACGGAGGGCUGUUUGGUCGCGAGCACGAACAGAGGCUGCAAGGCGAUCCACUUGUCCGGCGGAGCCAUAAGCGUCCUCCUCAGGGACGGCAUGACCAGAGCCCCCGUCGUGAGGUUUCCCUCCGCCAUGAGAGCGGCUCUCCUGAAGUUUUAUGUGGAGGAUCCCGCCAAUUUCGAGACUUUGUCCAUCAUCUUUAACAAAUCGAGUAGAUUCGCCAGGCUUCAAAACAUCAAAUGUGCCAUUGCAGGGAAGAAUCUGUAUAUGAGAUUCUCAUGCAGUACUGGUGAUGCGAUGGGGAUGAACAUGGUGUCCAAAGGUGUACAGAAUGUCUUGGAUUUCCUCCAAAACGAGUUCCCUGAUAUGGAUGUUAUAGGCAUCUCUGGAAACUACUGUUCGGACAAGAAGCCUGCGGCUGUCAACUGGAUCGAGGGCCGUGGUAAGUCCGUUGUGUGUGAAGCUGUGAUUAAGGGAGAGAUCGUGAAGAAGGUGUUGAAGACGAGUGUCGAGGCUCUUGUGGAGCUUAACAUGCUCAAGAACCUUACCGGAUCAGCCAUGGCCGGAGCUCUUGGUGGUUUCAAUGCUCAUGCCAGCAAUAUUGUAACCGCCGUCUACAUAGCCACCGGCCAAGACCCUGCUCAAAAUGUGGAGAGUUCUCACUGCAUCACCAUGAUGGAAGCUGUGAAUGACGGCCAGGACCUUCACGUCUCCGUCACAAUGCCUUCCAUCGAGGUUGGUACAGUAGGAGGCGGUACACAACUUGCAUCUCAAUCUGCUUGUCUGAACUUGCUCGGUGUAAAGGGUGCUGACAAAGAGGCGCCUGGUUCAAAUGCAAGGCAGUUGGCAAAAAUCGUUGCUGGUUCUGUCCUUGCUGGAGAGCUUUCACUUAUGUCUGCUCUUGCGGCGGGACAGCUCGUUAAGAGCCACAUGAAGUACAACCGAUCCAGCAAAGAUGUAACUAGUAUCGCCCCUUCUUCCUAGGUCUAAGAGAUGAUAAGUUUGGAUUCAUGGGCAACCACUCGGCAACGAGAGGAUUCAGAUGAAUUUUACAGCGAAGAACACCUCCACACAUAAGAUCCCGAAAACUGGAAGAGGGAAGGGUCGCCUUUUAUCUAACCAAAGCCCAUAAUAGUCAGACUCUGUUUUGAUUUCUUCUUGUCUCUGUGCCAUCAUGUUGUAAC